GAAAAAAGGAGGAGCGGUGAAACAGGGUGUCUUGUCGUCUAGUGGAAAAUAUAUUCUUUUUGCAGAUGCGGACGGAGCUACAAAAUUUGCUGACCUUGAACUUUUGGAGAGGAAAUUGAGCAAAAUUGUUAGUAAAGAUGGGUUUGGAGUAGCUGUCGGAUCACGGGCUCAUUUAGUGAAAACUGAUGCAGUCGUAAAGAGAUCUUUUAUUCGAAAUUUUCUAAUGCAUUCUUUUCAUAAAGUAUUGUAUGUAUUAGGAAUUCGUGCAAUAGCUGACACACAAUGUGGCUUUAAACUUUUUACACGUAAAUCAGCUUUAUAUAUAUUCGAUAAUAUACAUGUAGAAGGUUGGAUCUUUGACAUCGAAGUUCUUCUUAUUGCGCAGUAUCUAAAGAUGCCAAUAGUUGAAAUACCAGUCAAUUGGCGUGAGAUUGAAGGAUCAAAAGUAUCAUUGGUAAAAGAUUCUAUUCAGAUGGCCGUUGACUUAUUGACCAUCAGAUCGAACUAUUUCCUUGGCUUUUGGAAAGUUCACGAUCCUCUGUCAAAACCAAAACGUGAAUGA